UUUAGUGAGAACCGAUCAUUCUAGUCUUAUCUUUGAUCAGAGAGAGGCGAAUACAGCAAUCGGUGGUUGGGCAGUCACCUUCUCUGGAUCAUGCUCUGCUCUGGCCCUCCUGAUCUGAAAUGGGAAUUCUAGGGGCCAAGGCAUGAAAUGCAUGAAUGGACAAAGGACAGCCUCCUCAUGAUAGGCUUCAGCCUCACUCGCCAACUUCAGCGGCCAGCUCAUGCCACCGUGUUCCCUCUCCCUCACUCUCCAUCAAAAGCUCCCCCUUGUGCACUUCCUCUGUGUCCAUCGUUAUCCUCCAUAGCAGCGGCUAGGCAUCGCCACGACCCGAUGGCCUCCUCUCCCAUCUUCGUCGGCCUCCCCACAUUUCUCCUCCUCCUCCUCCUCACCACCUCCGGCCUCUUCGGCCAAGCCACGGGCGCGGUGGCUCCUGGUCCUAAGCCAGCGCCGCUCAACCUCACCGGCAUUCUCGAGAAGGGCGGGCAGUACGGCACCUUCCUUCGCCUGCUCAAAGAAACACAGGUCGGCGAGCAGAUAGAGAGCCAGCUGAACAACUCCUUCAAUGGCCUCACCAUCUUCGCCCCCACCGACAAUGCCUUCAACAACCUGAAGCCCGGCACGCUCAACAGCCUGACGACCCAGGAGCAGGUGUCGCUGGUCCUGUACCACGUCCUGCCCAGGUACUACACCUUGUCCACCUUCGAGACCACGAGCAACCCGGUGAACACGCAGGCCUCCGGGAGCAACGGCGUCUACACCGUCAACAUCACCAGCAGCAGCAACCAGGUGAACGUGUCGACGGGGGUCAACGAGACGCCCGUCAACAACAACCUCCAUCUGGACUUCCCACUGGCGGUGUACUCGGUGGACAAAGUCCUGCUGGCCCCCGAGCUCUUCGGGGCGAAGCCUCCUGCGUCGUCGCCGCCUCCCGCGGUGGCUCCAGAGAAGCCCAACAAGGGCUCUCCGGCAGCGGACGGGCCUUCGGCCAGCGCUGAGGCAGCGCCCUCUGCAGCUAGCCCUGAGGGAAGGAUCACAGAAAGGGUUCUGCUUCUGUGGGUCGGGUUGGCGUGCAUGGGGAGUCUUCUCUAAGGAGAGCAUCGAAUGAGUUGUCUGGUUUGCUAUCCUUUGGGAAAGACCAAUUCUUGCAUGCGGUGAAAGAAUCAACAGGACAAAGACAUUCUCACGAACAAGAGAUUACAUCACUCCAUCGGAAUAGAACCAAGAAACAGAGGAAGAAGGACGAAAGAGUUGCACUAUCCUUGAGAGUCACCGCACUCAUAGAAUGAGACAAGUCCUCUGCUUUCGGCUCUUUUUCUUUGGCUUUGGUGGGUAAAUAACCACCUUUAUUGCUGCAUCAAACACCGCCUUCACAUUCUAAAGAAAACGAAGACGAGAAGUCAAUGAUCGAUACAGUAGUCAUCAGAUAACUCCAACAUUACACCUUCAUGCGAUGUUCUUAACCUCGCACUACCUGUUGAGUCUUGGAACUGCAUUCUAUGUAGACGGCCGCACCUAUCAUUCUCUUUAGCUCUUCUCCCUGUUUCAGAUGAAAAAGUAUGCCACAUUUAGUUUUGGGCUGAUAAGAACUGCUUGGCAGAGUCAUCCGAAGCAGGAAAACUUGCCUGUGCUAUUGUGAUAGGUGUUGUCCCAGGAUGAUCGAUAAUAAAUUGCCUGUCUUCGCGUAAA